GGGGCGGGUCUGGGGCGCGCGCGCGCGAAGAUGGCGGCGGUCGCCGGCGGGCUGUGUGUGAGGAGCAGUAGAGAACUGUGGACAAUUCUGCUUGGAAGGUCAGCUCUGAGAGAGCUGAACCAGAUUGAGGCAGAACUGAAUAAACAUUGGCAGCGGUUGUUAGAGGGGCUUUCUUACUACAGACCUCCCAGCCCAACUUCAGCUGAAAAAGUGAAAGCUAAUAAAGAUGUAGCUUCUCCACUGAAGGAACUGGGUUUAAGAAUCAGCAAAUUUUUGGGUCUUGAUGAAGAACAGAGCGUGCAGUUACUCCAGUGUUACCUUCAAGAGGAUUACAGGGGUACUCGGGACUCCCUGAAGACAGUACUACAAGAUGAGAGACAGAGCCAGGCCUUAAUCCUGAAGAUUGCAGAUUAUUACUAUGAAGAAAGAACAUGUAUUCUACGUUGUGUCUUACACCUUCUCACUUAUUUCCAAGAUGAAAGACACCCUUAUAGAGUUGAAUAUGCAGACUGUGUUGACAAAUUGGAGAAGGAACUAGUUUCAAAUUAUAGGCAGCAGUUUGAAGAGCUUUAUAAAACUGAAGCACCAACGUGGGAGACACAUGGAAACCUCAUGACUGAGCGCCAGGUGUCUCGCUGGUUUGUUCAGUGCCUUCGGGAACAGUCCAUGCUGCUAGAAAUUAUUUUCCUUUAUUAUGCAUACUUUGAGAUGGUACCCAGUGACCUGCUGAUAUUAACCAAGAUGUUUAAAGAGCAAGGAUUUGGUAGUAGGCAGACCAAUAGGCACUUGGUGGAUGAGACCAUGGAUCCUUUUGUAGACCGAAUUGGCUACUUUAGUGCUCUCAUCCUGGUGGAAGGCAUGGAUAUUGAUUCCUUACAUAAGUGUGCUUUGGAUGACAGGAGAGAACUGCACCAGUUUGCCCAGGAUGGGCUUAUCUGUCAGGAUAUGGAUCAUUUGAUGUUGACUUUUGGGGACAUUCCACAUCAUGCCCCAGUGCUUUUGGCCUGGGCUCUCCUCCGUCACACCCUGAACCCAGAAGAGACAAGCAGUGUAGUCCGGAAGAUAGGUGGCACAGCCAUUCAGCUGAACGUAUUUCAGUACUUGACCAGACUGCUCCGAUCACUUGCCAGUGGGGGAAAUGAUUGUACCACCAGCACCGCAUGCAUGUGUAUCUAUGGACUCCUCUCUUUCGUUCUCACCUCACUGGAGCUCCACACACUGGGCAAUCAGCAGGAUGUAAUUGACACAGCAUGUGAAGUCCUGGCAGACCCUUCUCUUCCAGAACUGUUCUGGGGAACAGAGCCAACCUCUGGUCUUGGAAUAAUUCUGGACAGUGUAUGUGGAAUGUUUCCUCACCUGCUUUCCCCACUCCUGCAAUUACUCCGAGCCCUUGUAUCAGGGAAAUCUACUGCCAAAAAGGUAUAUAGUUUCUUGGAUAAGAUGUCUUUCUACAAUGAACUUUAUAAGCACAAGCCCCAUGACGUGAUCUCCCAUGAAGAUGGAACUCUUUGGCGGAGACAAACACCCAAACUCCUUUACCCUCUUGGGGGUCAGACCAACCUUCGCAUACCUCAAGGCACUGUGGGCCAAGUGAUGCUGGAUGACAGGGCUUACCUGGUACGCUGGGAAUACUCCUAUAGCAGCUGGACCCUCUUUACCUGUGAGAUUGAAAUGCUGCUUCAUGUUGUUUCAACUGCAGAUGUGAUUCAGCAUUGCCAGCGAGUCAAACCCAUCAUUGAUCUGGUCCAUAAGGUCAUCAGUACAGACCUGUCGAUAGCAGACUGUCUUCUGCCUAUCACAUCCCGCAUCUACAUGCUGCUGCAGCGGUUAACAACAGUGAUCUCCCCCCCUGUGGAUGUCAUUGCUUCUUGUGUCAACUGUUUGACUGUUUUGGCCGCCAGGAAUCCAGCAAAGGUCUGGACUGAUCUUCGUCACACAGGUUUCUUACCAUUUGUGGCACAUCCUGUUUCCAACAUGAGUCAGAUGAUUAGUGCGGAGGGCAUGAAUGCUGGAGGAUAUGGAAACCUUUUGAUGAAUAGUGAACAGCCUCAGGGCGAGUAUGGGGUCACUGUUGCCUUUCUACGUUUGAUCACAACCCUUGUCAAGGGGCAGCUUGGUAGUACCCAGAGCCAAGGACUUGUGCCCUGUGUAAUGUUCGUGCUAAAGGAGAUGCUUCCCAGCUACCACAAGUGGCGCUACAACUCUCACGGUGUGAGGGAACAGAUAGGUUGCCUGAUCCUGGAGCUUAUUCACGCUAUACUGAACCUGUGCCACGACACAGACCUGCACAGCAGCCACACUCCCAGCCUACAGUCUCUCUGCAUCUGCAGUCUGGCCUACACAGAAGCAGGACAGACAGUUAUUAAUAUCAUGGGCAUUGGCGUGGACACCAUUGACAUGGUGAUGGCUGCUCAACCCCGAAGUUAUGGGGCAGAGGGCCAGGGCCAGCUGCUGAUCAAGACAGUGAAACUGGCAUUCUCCGUCACCAACAAUGUUAUUCGGCUGAAACCCCCUUCUAAUGUGGUGUCCCCCCUGGAACAGGCUCUCACACAACAUGGUGCUCAUGGGAACAAUCUCAUUGCUGUUCUAGCCAAGUACAUCUACCACAAACAUGACCCUGCUUUGCCACGUCUUGCCAUUCAGCUGCUGAAACGUCUGGCCACGGUGGCCCCAAUGUCUGUGUACGCUUGUUUGGGCAAUGAUGCAGCAGCCAUUCGUGAUGCCUUCCUAAUCCGACUGCAGAGCAAGAUUGAGGACAUGCGUAUCAAAGUCAUGAUUCUAGAAUUCCUCACGGUUGCAGUAGAGACCCAGCCAGGCCUUAUUGAACUGUUCCUGAAUCUGGAGGUGAAGGAUGGCAGUGAUGGCUCUAAGGAAUUCAGCCUUGGGGUGUGGAGCUGUCUCCAAGCAGUGCUAGAGCUCAUUGAUUCCCAGCAGCAAGAUCGGUACUGGUGCCCACCUCUGCUGCAUCGUGCAGCCAUUGCCUUUCUGCAUGCCUUGUGGCAAGACCGUCGGGACAGUGCCAUGCUGGUCCUCCGAACCAAACCCAAGUUUUGGGAGCACUUAACCAGUCCACUGUUUGGAACCCUUUCUCCUCCCUCAGAAACAUCUGAGCCCAGUAUCCUGGAAACCUGUGCCCUAAUCAUGAAGAUAAUUUGCUUGGAGAUAUACUAUGUUGUUAAGGGUUCAUUAGACCAGUCAUUAAAAGAUACACUCAAGAAAUUUUCCAGUGAGAAACGCUUUGCCUACUGGUCAGGGUAUGUCAAGUCAUUGGCAGUUCAUACAGCUGAAACAGAGGGCAGCAGCUGUACCUCCUUGUUAGAGUAUCAGAUGCUGGUCUCCGCCUGGAGGAUGCUUCUCAUCAUUGCCACCAGUCACGCAGAUACAAUGCACCUGACUGAUUCUACAGUGCGUCACCAGCUCUUUCUUGAUGUGCUUGAUGGGACCAAAGCGUUACUCCUAGUUCCGGCCUCGGUGAACUGCCUCCGCCUUGGCUCCAUGAUGUGCACUCUGCUGCUCAUCCUCCUGCGGCAGUGGAAGAGAGAGUUAGGUUCUGUGGAUGAAAUCCUCGGACCCUUGACGGAGAUCUUGGAAGGAGUGCUGCAGGCAGACCAGCAACUCAUGGAAAAGACCAAGGCCAAAGUGUUCUCAGCAUUCAUCACAGUGUUGCAGAUGAAGGAGAUGAAAGUAAGUGACAUACCUCAGUACUCCCAACUGGUGCUGAACGUCUGUGAGACUCUCCAAGAAGAGGUGAUUGCACUCUUUGACCAAACUCGCCACAGUCUGACAUCAGGCAAUGCCACGGAGGACAAGGAUAGCAUGGAGACCGAUGACUGCUCUCGGCCCCGGCAGAAGGACCAGCGUGAUGGGCAGGUGUGUGUCCUGGGCUUGCACCUGGCCAAGGAGCUGUGUGAGGUGGAUGAGGAUGGUGACUCAUGGCUGCAGGUGACCCGCAGGCUUCCCAUCCUGCCCACUCUGCUCACCACCCUGGAGGUGAGCCUUCGCAUGAAGCAGAACCUGCACUUCACUGAGGCUUCUCUGCACUUGCUCCUCACUCUGGCUCGCACCCAGCAGGGAGCCACGGCAGUGGCUGGAGCUGGCAUCACCCAGAGCAUUUGUUUGCCCCUCCUGAGCGUGUAUCAGCUCAGCACCAACGGCUCAGUACAGACACCUAGUACCUCUCGGAAGUCCAUGGAUGCCCCCUCUUGGCCAGGUGUCUACCGCCUGUCUAUGUCCUUGAUGGAGCAGCUGCUCAAAACUCUGCGGUACAACUUCCUGACUGAGGCCCUAGACUUUGUGGGUGUCCACCAGGAGCGGACCCUACAGUGCCUCAAUGCAGUGAGGACAGUGCAGAGCCUGGCCUGCCUGGAGGAGGCAGACCACACCGUGGGCUUCAUUCUGCAACUCUCCAACUUUAUGAAGGAGUGGCGCUUCCACCUGCCUCAGCUCAUGCGUGAUGUCCAGGUCAACUUGGGUUACUUGUGCCAGGCCUGCACCUCCCUCCUGCACAGCCGCAAGAUGCUGCAGCACUACUUACAGGUAACUGAGCCUGAGUGCCCUGGAGUGCCUCACUCUGGCUGCCCUGGGCUCCACCUUCAUUUCCUGACUCCCCAGAACAAAAAUGGAGAUGGCCUCCCCUCAGCUGUCACCCCCCGAGUCCAGCGACCACCCACCGCUCCUAUAGCUACACCUGCUGCCCCGGUCUGCUCCUCCUCCAAGCAGCCCACUGCUGACACAGAGGCCUCAGAGCAGCGGGCCUUGUAUACAGUCCAGUAUGGCCUUCUCAAGAUCCUGAGUAGGACCCUGGCAGCCCUGCGCCACUUCACCCCAGAUGUCUGCCAGAUCCUGCUGGAUCAGUCCCUGGAUCUUGCUGAAUACAACUUCCUGUUUGCCUUGAGCUUUACCACCCCUACCUUUGACUCUGAAGUAGCCCCCUCCUUUGGGACCCUUCUGGCCACAGUGAAUGUGGCCCUCAACAUGCUUGGAGAGCUGGACAAGAAAAAGGAGUCCCUCACCCAGGCUGUGGGGCUCAGCACACAGGCAGAAGGGACAAGAACAUUGAAGUCCCUCCUGAUGUUUACCAUGGAAAACUGCUUCUACCUGCUCAUCUCCCAGGCAAUGCGGUACCUUAGGGAUCCAGCUGUACACCCCCGGGACAAACAGCGGAUGAAGCAGGAGCUCAGCUCAGAAUUGAGCACACUGCUCUCCAGCCUCUCACGGUACUUCCGCCGGGGAGCACCCAGUUCUCCUGCUGCUGGCGUCCUCCCCCCAUCACAGGCCAAGUCCACUUCUCUCUCCAAAGCCAGCCCUGAGAGCCAGGAGCCUCUUAUCCAACUAGUGCAGGCCUUUGUCCGUCAUGUGCAAAGAUAGGGCAGGGGCUGACUGCCCACCUACCACUCUUCAGCCCUGGAUUCGUGGGAGUGCCUUGGCUGCUGGGGCCUGUCUGCAACAGAAAGCAGAUCCAGUCCACCCUCUCCCCAGAGUGGUCAUGACUCCAGCCACCUACCUGCUGACACUAUUUUUAUAAUAGAUGAACAUGUCAACAGCAGGGGCAGGGAGCCAAGAGCCUCUUGUGCUCAGGCUGUCACAUUCAAAAUGCCCCAAAGAAUUGAAUUCCUUUCCUUUGAGCAUUCCCCACAGCACUUGGCUAGCUCAGGGAGAGGCAGGAGCUGGUAUAUGGCAGUCCAGGAGAGAGACUCUAUGCAGGGGGUUAAAAAUCUGUUUUCCAUGAUCUGUUCUGGCAGAUGUUUUGGUAAUACUGUGGUCUAUUUAUACAAAUAUUAAAAAAUGCUGUUUAUAGA